GUACAACCCCGAGAUGACUCGACAUCAUGCAGGCCCUUUGUCCAUCUUUCUCGUUGUGUCCACUGCAGCUGUCAUCAUCAGCCUCGUCGGUGUCUUCAUUCUUAAAAGUCCAUUCCAGCCUGACCACGUGAUCGUGUCGAGGAGAGAAGUGAUCUCGCAGGCCAUUGGAAGCUUGCUGUCGCUAGAGAUCUCCGACCGCGUCUACCUGACCCUCAGGUCAGCUGCAGGGGACGUUACCAACGUCGGCAGUCUUGCAAACAACCUCACCUUGCUGGGACAAGCCAGAGCGUGUGAGGACGGCAGCGGUUCGGACAUCUGCUACGAGUGGCCGGAGGACAAGGAACUGCGCAUCCGAAGCCAAGACAACUCCAGCAGUGACGUGCACUGCUAUGACGUCACGUGGACGGCUCAACGGUGCGCCACGCAGGAGCUGCUGGACUGCUACGACCUGUCCCGCGGAUACUGGUUCGGCGGUUUUCAAGACGUGAACCAGUUCUGGCCCAUGAACCGUAUCCAGCAGAAGAUGGCGCCCUACGUCACCGGUGACACGUGGGCGGGCCAGUACGGUGACGUCAUCGAACGCCUUUUUGUUUCGUCCACUGGCUUCGGGAUUUUCAUCUACCCAGACGUGCCUUUAUUCCUGAGUUUCAACGAGAAUGGCGACAAGAGGAUCUGCCUGGCAGCCAAGUACACCCAGUACCCGUACUCCAACAAGAAGAACUCGCUACCCGUCCUGCGCUACGAGAUCUGCCAGGGCUCUGACGUCAAGGCUGCGCACGGUCACAUGACCUCCAGACAUGUGCCAAAGCCACGUGACAUUCCCAGCGAGGACUUGUUUGGGGGCGCCAUCUGGUCAACGUGGGCCAUGUACAAGGGGGACGUGACCCAGGCGAAGGUUCUGGAAUAUGCCCGAGCCAUUCAGAACGCUGGCUUGCCGUACACUCAGCUGGAGAUCGAUGACAGGUGGACACCGACGUACGGAGACUUGGACUUCGACAGAACAAAGUUCCCAGACCCUAAAGGCAUGAUAAGCACCCUGACCCAGCAGGGUUUCCGGGUAUCCGUGUGGAUGCACCCCUUUUUCAACAUUGAUUCCAGUGCCGGGCAAUAUGGCGCACGUCAGGGAUACUUCAUUAGAGGUUUGGACAGUCGUUUGCCCGCGUUGGUCUCCUGGUGGAGGGGCGACGCCUCGUUUCUGCUGGAUGCGACCAACCCCGAGGCGGUGGAGUGGUACCUCAACAAGACCCGCUUCCUGCACGACGCCUACAACGUCACUUCCUUCAAGUACGACGCCGGCGAGACCAACUGGCUGCCCAACGUCCACUCGUCCGCCGGUGACCUGUCUCACCCCGAUGACUAUGGGAGGCACUAUGCCCUCAUGGCCGUCAGGUCUGACCCUGACCUCCGGUCGCAGGAAGUGCGUGUUGGGUUCCGUUCCCAGGACCUACCAAUCAUGUUCCGGAUGCUGGACCGUCAGACCAACUGGGGCUACAACCGCGCCCUCAAGACCGUCAUCCCCUGCGCCCUCACCUUCGGGAUCAUCGGCUACCCGUUCGUCCUGCCGGACAUGAUCGGCGGCAACGGCUACAACGAGGGCUGCAUCGACUGCACCGAGUACGCCGAGCCAGAGCUCUUCAUCAGAUGGUUGCAGGUGAACACCUUCCUACCCUUCAUCCAGUUCUCCACAGGACCGUGGGUCUACAACGAUACUGUGAUUGGAAUUUGCCGAAAACUGAUGAACCUGCGAAGUAAAUACACUGACGUCAUCAAGGCGCUCGCGCGAGAGUCCACGAGAACGGGUGCACCAAUCGUACGACCGCUGUGGUGGAUCGCCCCCGAGGACGAGGCUGCCUUGACAACAGACUCGCAGUUCCUCCUGGGUGACGACCUCCUGGUGGCGCCAGUGCUGGAGAAGGGGGCUAGGUCACGUGAUAUUUAUCUGCCUACUGGAAGCUGGAAGGAUGAGCUGCGCGGAGGAAUACAUCAAGGUCCAACAUGGCUUCGAGACUACUCAGCAGACAUCGACGAGCUGCCCUACUUUCAGCGAACCUUCGAGAACCAAUUGUCGACAUCUUCGGCGCCUCAAAACAGAACAGGAGACUCGCUGGUCGGGUAGAUCGCGUUACAGACGACAGAUCGCGUUACCGAGUGGAAGGCCGCUGUUACUGCUACAAGUCUCCACUCUGCUG